UCUCUGGAAAGUUAACUAUUAGUGACCGUGUCAAUAAUAUUGUGUUAAUCAUUGCAAUUGCUCUUCUAAAAGUAUGCCACGGUUUUCCUGCUGAAGCUGCGCCCCAAGAACCAAUCGCUAUUCUUAAAUAUGAAAAUGAAGGAGUAAAUGCAGAUGGUUCAUACCAAUGGAGUUUGGAAACCGCCAAUGGCAUCAAAGCAGAACAACAUGGAGUUGUCAAACCAGGUCCAACGGAAGGUGAAGGUAUUCUAGAGGUUUCCGGACAGUCAGAAUAUACAGACAACGAUGGCAAUCCUGUUCUUUUAACUUAUAUCGCCAACGAAAACGGCUUCCAACCUCAAGGUGAUCACUUACCAACCCCGCCACCAAUUCCUCCAGCAAUUCAGAGGUCGCUGGAUUUCUUGGCCGCUAAUCCUCCAGCACAAGAAGCUGCAGAAGAAGCUUCUCAAUAAUAAUUAUCAAAAUUAAAAUGUACUCCAUGAAGAGAGAUUUGUAUUGGUUUUAUAAUUUCGUGAUCUAGUCUUAGACCAAGUUAUUUAAAGUUAAGUUUUUUUAUAUACAAUUUUUUACUAAC